AUGCAAGACCACAUUGGCAUCCCUGCUUGCUUUUCUUCAGCUGAGAAGCUCAGUGAUGAUGCCUCAGCUGUGACCAGGUCAGGCCACAGUGUCUACAUGUCAGUCUACAGAGCCAAGCUUGCUGGCCAGAGCCGCUUGAUCACAAUCACAUGGUGCAAAAACCUUCUCCUUCAUGGCCUCUCAGUCUCUGUGGAGGGCCCUGAUGGAGAGAACCACCAUUCCUGCAAAGUUGAGCUCAAGCCAUGGUACUUCUGGAGAAAACAAGGCUCGAAGCGCUUUGCGGUCAAUGGGAAACAAGUUGACAUUUUCUGGGAUCUUAAGGCUGCAAAGUUCAAUGGUGGAACUGAGCCGAAGUCCGAGUAUUAUGUUGCAGUUGUCUGUGAGGAAGAGGUUGUGUUACUACUUGGUGAUCUUAAGAAAGAUGCAUAUAAGAAGACAGGGUUUAGGCCUGCUUUGAUUGAUCCCGUUUUGGUUUCUAAAAAAGAACACAUCUUUGGCAAGAAAAAGUUUACCACAAAGGCCAAGUUUUAUGAGAAGGGCAGGCUUCAUGAAAUCUCUAUUGAGUGCAAGAAUAGAGCCGCAAAUUUGGGCAAUGCUGGCAGUUCUGCAAAUGGGGUUGAGCCAGAGUUGGAGAUUAGAGUAGAUGGACAUUUGGUGGUUCAUGUCAAACACCUUCAGUGGAAGUUCAGAGGUAAUGAAUCUAUUCAUAUCAAUAAGUUGAGAAUAGAGGUGUAUUGGGAUGUGCAUGAUUGGUUGUUUAGUCCUGGUUUAAGGCAUGCAUUGUUCAUUUUCAAGCCAAUUUUGCCUUCCACAUCUCUAUCACCAUUGUCUAGAUCAUCUUCUUCGUCGCCGCCUUCAUCUUCCUUGUCAUCAACACUAUCUUCUCACAUGUCAUCAACACUAUCUUCCCAAACAAGUUGUGGUUCACUAGAAGGGCUUAAUGCAAGUGGCUCUUCUGAGUUUUGCUUGUUUCUUUAUGCUUGGAAGGUUGAAUGA